GGUUAUGCGAUUUUGAUGGUCAACUACCGAGGGUCCACGGGAUUUGGACAGGAUUCGAUAGAGUCCCUCCCGACUAGAAUUGGAGAAUUAGAUGUGAAGGAUGUUAUAGCAGCUACAUUGAAAGUACAGGAGUCGGGCAUAGUUGAUGCCGAACGUAUUGGGAUCUGCGGAGGCAGCCACGGAGGUUUUUUGACCGGCCACUGUACCUCACAAUACCCGAACCUUUUCAAAGCAGCUGCUAUGAGAAAUCCCGUUGUCAAUAUUCCCUCCAUGGUCACAUCCACCGAUAUUCCGGAUUGGUGCUACGUGGAAGCCAUAGGAUCUUACAAUUGGAGAGAGUACAUGCCACCUACGAGUACCAGUAUUCGAAUGAUGUGGGACAAGAGUCCAAUUCGCCACGUCGAUAGAGUUCAAACUCCAACGCUGGUGGCUCUAGGAAUGCAAGACCUACGAGUACCACCGUCUCAAGGCUUGGAAUGGUAUCACUCGCUCCGAUCAAAGGGCGUUCCUACAAAGCUUCUUACAUACGAUGGCAACGACCAUGCAAUAGCGGGCGUAAAAGCAGAAGCAGACCAUUGGGUGAACAUAAAACAAUGGUUCGACAAUCAUUUAAAGAAUUAG